AUGGUUAGAACACGAGGUUUAGGUCAUGCUUUAGCUAUGGUUAUAGGCAGAGGUAGACAGGAUGAGCAUGAUGCAGUCGAUGUUCCCCAGAGGCGUAGGCCUACUGCAUCAGCCCGUAGGCGACGAGUACAUAUUACGGUUGAUGAGGGUGCUCCUCAGAUGAGUGAAGAUGUGCCUCAGAUGACUGCGGACGUAGAUGCGACUGUUGCAGAGGACUUAGGUCGUGAUGGUGCUGAGGGGUCACAUGCUGAUGAGGGAUUCCCUAGUGGGCCCCGUGACCCAUCAGUUCUGACUUCAUUUGUAGAGUAUGUCGCACAUGCCAUUUGGACUGGACAAUGUCCUGAGCUGAAGUUGGUGUCGCACGAGAGGAAGGUGGCGUUAAUUGGGAGGCCAGUGCCUGCGAUUGAAGGGCUGGUUGUCGCCACAGGAUUAAGUCCAUUGAUUGAGUGUUCAGUUGUAACCAGCGAUCCUGGACUUAUAUCCGCAUUUAUGGAGAGGUGGCAUAGGGAGACCAGCACCUUCCACCUUCCAGUAGGAGAGUUGACGAUCACACUAGAUGAUGUGUCGUCACUCCUCCAUCUCCCUAUCAGUGGCGCCUUCCACGGCUUCGAGGCUCUUUCCGUGGAUGAGGCGUGCUGGAUCUAUGAGCAUUUUCCAAGUGUGCAUCAGUGUGUCACCGAUGAUGCAUAUGAGGAGAUGUCCCCUCGUACCUCCCGGUGGCUGAUGAUGAAGGCUCAUAUGAAGGGAAUUACAGGAGCGAUGUACAGGGCAUGUUGUGAUGCUUUGACGGUCACAGACGUGUGUUGGUUUCCUUACAGUGACCAUCGAGGGGUUAGGGGGUUUGAACUGAUUUCAUCGUUCCAGGGUCAGCUGAGAUGGGGUCCUACGGUGGUCACAGUUCGAUCAGAGAGGGUGAUACGCCAAUUUGGGUACAUUCAGAGCAUCCCUCCACCGCCUAUUAGCGCUUCGUUGUCAUAUGAUGAUAUAGAUGACAGGUGA